AAAAAAAAAAAAAAAAAAAAAAGAACAAUAUACAUGCAACGCGAGAGGAUUUGGGACGCCUCUGAUUUUUCGCCAUGUUUUCAGAAAGACUUACGCGGUGCAAAACAAGACAUCUAGGUACAUUUAUCAGCGCUAAUGAGCAUGCGCACUACAUUUGGAGCCAUUUCUGCUUUGAGAUGUCAUUGUUUGCUAGAUAUCCGCAGCGUUCAUGGGCUUAUGAUCUCUGUCGUGUGCAUCUGGAAGCAUUGAAUGCGAAGGUUUUGUUCUAUUGAGCAAAAUAAUUCGCAAACUGUGUACUAAUGUGAAAUAUAUUUGGAACUUUUAUCUUCCAAAUGCUAAGCACUUAUCAAUUUUAGAAAAAUCAUAUAAUGUAGUAUAUAUAAUUGCAUUAAUCUAUAAUUAAACGUGUUUAUAUUUACAUAGAAAAGAGAUCAUAUUUGUGUCAAGUAUCGCAAACUGAUUUUUAAUAAAUUACUUAUAUCACAAUAGAUAAGAUUUACGCAGCAUACUAUCAUUAUUUUCAAAAACAUAACCACACAUGAAUUUAGGCAAUAUAUUGAAAGAUAGUAAGAAGGAUCCGAAAAUACUUGUAAUAAAAUUUUUGUUAACUAUUUUAGUUCCGCUCAGAAGGUGAAUAUCCUUUGCAUGUAGGAUGCAAGUUAUAUCACAUGCAGGCUGUCAGCUUGCAGUAUACGGAUGAAACUUCAUGCCUACAAAUUAUGCCAACAAUCAUUUGGAAAAAGUUGUAUUUUAAAGUCAAUAUGUUUGAAAAGAAAAAAACCUCUGUGAAGUUAUUCAUGAUUUCUGCAAAACGAUACUGAAAGAAUAAGAAUAUAAUGCUUAUACACCAGAUGGGAACAUGUAUGGGGUGUGUGACAAAUCAUAUGGACAAAAGGGCAUUUAAUCAAGCACCGGCUUAUUCAUGUAGCAGAUAAACCUCAUGUAUGUGAAGUAUAAAUAAUUUACAUUAAGAGGCCGUAUUCAUAUUAAAAGUCCAUUAAAGCAAACAUAUGCUUAUUCAUAUUAAAAGUCCAUUUAAAUAAACAUAUGCUUAUUUACACAGAACAGAAACCUCAUGCGUGUGAAAUAUAUUUUGAGUCAUUUAGGCUAAAUGCUGCUUUAAAUAAGCAUAUACUUUUUCACACAGGAGAGAAAUAUCUACUUAAGCAUCACAGGUGUCAAGUAUGUAGUAAGUCAUUCAUACAAUGUGGAAUUUAAAGACACAUAUGUUUAUUCAUACUGAAGAGGAACCUUACGUCUAUGAGAUAUGUAACAAGUCAUUCAGACAAAAGUUUAAUUUAAUCCAACAUAGGCUUAUUCAUACUAGAGAUAAACCUCAUAUGUGAAGAAUGUAACAAGUCAUUUAAACAAAAGGGUCUUUUAAACAAGCAUAUGAUAAUGCCCACAGAAGUCAAACCUCACAUAUGUGAGGAGAGUAGCAAAUCAUUUGAACAAAAGUCUGAUUUAAAUGAGCAUAUACUUAUUCACACAGAAGAUAAACCUCAUGUAUGUGAGAUAUGUAAGAAGUCAUUUCGACAAAAGCAUCAUUUUACCAACCAUAUGCUUAAUCACACUAGAGAGAAGACCUGGUUAUGUUCAGUGUGUAACAAAUCAUUCAGAUUAAAGUAUCAUUUAAAUUGGCAUAUGCUUAUUCACACAGGAGGAAAACCACAUCUGUGUGAGAUAUGUGAGAAAUCAUUCAGACUUAAAUGUGACUUAAACAAGCAUAUGCUUAUUCAUACAGGAGAGAAACCUCAUGGGUGUGAUGUAUGUAACAAAUCAUUUAGAGUUAAGGGUGAUUUAAAUAAGCAUAUGCUUAUUCACACAGGCGAGAAACCUCAUAUGUGUGAUGUAUGUAACAAAUCAUUUAGAGGUAAGGGUGAUUUAAAGAAGCAUGUGCGUAUUCAUACAGGAGAGAAACCUUAUGUGUGUGAGGUAUGUAACAAGUCAUUCAGACGAAUGUAUAAUUUAAAUCACCAUAUGCUUCUUCACACAGGAGAGAAACCUUUUACAUGUGAAGUAUGCAACAAAUCAUUUAGAACAAAGCAUGUUUUAAAUGAUCAUAUCUUAAUUCACACUGGAAAGAAACCUCACACGUGUAAGGUAUGUAACAAAUCAUUCAGACAAAAGUAUGAUUUAAGUGAGCAUAUGCAUAUUCACACAGGGGAAAAACCUUAUGCGUGUGAAAUAUGUAACAAAUCAUUCGGUCGCAGGUGUCAUUUAUACAACCAUAUGUUUAUUCACAGAGAAGAUAAACCUCAUGUAUGUGAUGUAUGUAACAAGUCAUUUGGAUCCAAGUAUCAUUUUACGAGGCAUAUGCUCAAUCACACAGGCGAAAGGCCCUGUGUGUGUGUUGUAUGUAAUAAAGCAUUCAGAGUAAAGUAUGAUUUAAAAAAGCAUAUGCAUAUUCACACAGGAGAAAAACCUCUUGUGUGUGAGAUAUGUCAUAAAUCAUUCAGACAAAAGUGGGAUUUAAAGAAACAUAUGCUUACUCAUACAGGAGAGAAACCUUAUAUGUGUGAGAUAUGUAACAAAUCAUUCAGCUUAAAGUCUAGCUUAAACAGGCAUAUGCUUAUUCACACAGAAGAGAAAUCUCAUGUAUGUGAGCUAUGUAACAAAUCAUUCAGAUUUAAGUAUAAUUUAAGGAAUCAUAUGCUUAUUCACACAGGAGGAAAGCCUUAUGUGUGUGAGGUAUGUAACAAAUCUUUCAGAUUUAAGUUUGAUUUAAACAAGCAUAUGCUCAUUCAUUCAGGUGAGAAACCUCAUGUGUGUGAGGUAUGUAACAAAUCUUUCAGAUUUAAGUUUGAUUUAAACAAGCAUAUGCUCAUUCAUUCAGGUGAGAAACCUCAUGUGUGUGAGGUAUGUAAUAAAUCAUUUAUACAAAAGUCUAGUUUAAGUAAACAUGUGCUUAUUCACACAGGAGAGAAAUCACAUAUGUGUGAGGUAUGUAACAAGUCAUUCAGAUUUAAGUCUGAUUUAAACAGGCAUAUGCUUAUUCAUACAGGAGAGAAACCUCAUGUGUGUGAGGUAUGUAACAAAUCAUUCAAAUUUAAGUGUAGUUUAAAUAAGCAUGUGCUAAUUCACAAAUCAUUCAGACAGAUGCAGAUGUUUGAUUUAAACGAGACUGUGAAUAGUCGCACAGAAGAGAAACCUCAUACAUGUGAAAUAUGUAACAAAUCAUUUAAAGCAAAGCAUGUUUUAAAUGAGCAUAUCCUUAUUCAUGCUGGAGAGAAACUUCACACAUGAUUUAUGUAACAUAACAUAUAUAGAGAAAAGUGUCAUUUGUUAAAAGUGACAUAUGAUUUGACAAAAGUGGCAUAUGAUUGUUCAUACAGAAGAGGUAUAUUAUGAAUUAUAUAUAUAGCCAAUCACUGGAAGAAAAACAUUUUAAGAAAUAUAUCUAUAGUGAAUACGAGUCUUAUGCUUUUCAAGAAAACUAGUUUAAUAAGAACCUUCACUUAUUUGUUGAGUCUUGGGCAUGUUGUAAAGAAACCUCAUUUUAUGAGUUGCAUAAGUUGUCAUUCUAUCUAAAUGCUUAAUAAAUCAUUUAUUUAUCUCUGAUGUUUCGGCAAUAAAUCAUGAGUCAUUUUAGAAGAUUGCUGGCUUAUGAUAACAUUGAAUUACCUAUGUUAUUUAACAAGGGAAGAAAGUUUUAAAAAGGUAUGCCUAGACUAAUUGAAAAGUUACUAGACUGAUAUUCAGAGACUGAUACUAGACGUGCUGACAUUUCUGACUUACUUAUUAGAAUUGAACCUGUGAUAUAACCUAUCCUUUGAAUGUUGAAAAUGUCGAGAAAGGAGAUAUUGAAAGUCAGGUUAGAAAAUCAAGUUUAUAUGCUAAGUGGUGUAGGUUUAAAAGAUCAGUUUUUAACUAUAUUGCUAAUUCCACAGUAACGAUGUACAGCUUAUGGUGGUUUUUUAGCAAAACCGAAGCUCCUGGUUUAAAAAGGUUUUUUUCCAUUUUUUCUCUUGUUUACAAAUGUUUCAAAUAUGCUUUUAUGUAAUAGUCCUUGUUUAUUUACGCUUAUGCAUUUUGUGUUAACCUUUUCACAAGAAUGUGUUAUGUUGGUCUUCAUUUUUAUGAAAUUCUGAAGCUUUGCUGCUAAGUAAUUCAUCAUUAUAUGUAUUCUGUAACUUGCAAGUGUUUUUGUGGUAAACUUGGCUCUUAGUAUAAUAACAGAGUUCAGUUACAGGUAUGGGAUUUUUCAUAUUUAAAUGAUAUGCCAGUUAAUUUCUCAUCUUCCAUAUGCAGAAUUUACUUCUAUUUCCCAGUUUUUAAGGUCAAGCCUAUAUAACAUGAAAUUCAAAGAGAUAAUACUGACAAAAAUUAGUGUAGGCUUACCACAUUUAAAACUGAGAAAGAGGGUUGCAAACCCUAACCAAUUUUAUCAAUUCUUGCAUGUUGCGCGGCAACCUACCAAUUUUCAUUCAAAAUUUCUUGAAUACUAGAACUUUUCAAGUAAGGAUUGGCUCUGUUUUGUCAGAUAUUUUUUAACAGAAUGAGGGUGUGCCUCAAGG